CGUCACGAUGCAAGAUGGCGACGUCCAUGGCACAGAACAAACUUCCCUUCCUGAAAGAGCAAAUGUCAGCUGCUUUUGGAAAAAGCAGCGUUGUCGUGAAAUUCGUAGCAGUGUCCGUGACACUUGGCUACCUUCUCUCAUUUCUGACAUAUGUAGUGUCGUUCAUAACCAUAAAUCCAGGCUUUGCAAUGCCCCCGAAUUUUAGUUUUUACUCGUUUUUCACCUACUGUUUCAUCGAGUUUCAUUUCUGGGAUGUUCUCAUCGAUAUCGCGGUCGUCAUUCUUUGUGGCAAGCUGUUGGAGCCUUUGUGGGGUGCUUUGGACAUGCUCAUCUUUUUCCUGAUUGUCAAUGUUGCUGUUGGAAUCCUCACAGCUAUGUGUUAUUUGCUUGUCUACCUAGUUACCGAGGACGAGCGUAUCUUGUUCACAGUGAAUAUUCAUGGACUGGCUGGCUAUAUUGCUGGAUUUUCUGUGGCAGUAAAACAGGUGAUGCCAGAUCACAUUUUAGUUACAUCUCCUUUUGGCAAACUGAGAAACACUCACAUUCCACUUCUGCUAUUUAUCAUCUCUAUCAUUCUGCAACUGGUUCAUGUGCUUGAUGGACCAUAUCCCAUCUUGUUCGGAUGGGGGAUAGUUGUGUCUUGGGUGUACCUGAGAUUCUACCAAAAACACAGCAAUGGGAACCGAGGUGACAUGGCUGAUAACUUUACGUUUGCAAGCUUCUUUCCGCGACAAGUUCAACCACUGAUAGCUAUAUUAUCAAAUACCGUCUUCAUGGGAUUGGUGAAGAUCAAGCUGUGUAAGAAACCACAGAGGCGAUAUGAUGUGAGCUCACCGUCAACUAUCACCAUUAGCCUCCCUGGGACUGACCCACAGGACGCUGAGAGAAGGAGGCAAUUGGCUCUGAAGGCUCUCAACGAUAGGUUGAGUAAGAGUGACAGUCCUGCCAACUGGCCAACCAUGGAGGAUGACAGCGCCAGCACCGAGCAGUCUCAGAACUCCUCCCCAGAGAAGAGCGUCAAGCCAGCUCCAGUCGCAGUUCCAGUGCCUGAAAAAACAGCAACACCUGAGCAACUCCCUGUUCCCAACUUUGCUGAGAAUGCUCGCGAGGCCUCCCAGGAGAAGACAUAGGGAGCUAGUUGUGUUGUUGUGUGAGACUGUGAUUUGUAUGGGUGUGAUGAAGUUUUGUGUAUGGACUCUCUGCCUAUUAGAUAACACUGGGAAGAAUAGCUUAGUAACACUGAACAGAUUGUCAUGAAGAAUUUAAUUUCUGGGGUAAAACAUUAGCAUGGCUGUGUGUAAUAUUUUGCUUGUGUAAUUUGUCUUAUUACAGAUGCCCUCUAGCUGAUCAGAUCACAGCUUAGAGAAGAUGGUCUUAUGUAAAUUGCGUGAGAUAUCAGAUCUGGUGCUUUCUCGUCUUCACUUGAGGCCAGAGCAGGUGUCUUGUUGAAUAUCAAAUCUGAAACCAUAUCAGGUGCCCUCGAGCUGUCAAGCUGACCGGUCAGAGAUCCGAGGAUUUCCCCUCUGCUAUCUCGGUCUGAGAUCAGAGCUGGUCACCAACAGGACAUUACUGCAUUGUUCUUCAUGGGUGCUUCACUGGAAAUAUAAUGCUCAAUUGAACAGUUAUUGUAUCUAUAAUCAGAUGAGUUACAGGUAGUCAUCAAGUCACACCAAGAGACUAGAGGACCUUAUGUACCACAUGGCCUAAAUAUGUCAUGUGAGAAUUCUCUUAAACAUUUCACUACAAAUGAACAGUUGAGUAAUUAUUAUGAACGUCUACACCCAUGUUAUUUGUUAAAUGGCUUCUUGAUUGCUUGUUUAUCUUGUGUAAUGAGACAAACUAUGUCCUAAAAUAUUGCCAGUAUGUAUAUCCUUAUUUGAUAGAAAGCCUCUCAGAGCCAUGUCUGUUUAACAAACAACCCAUGAAGAUCCGGGUUAGAAUUGGUCUUCAGCAACCCAUGCUUGUCAUAAGAGGCGACUAUCGGGACCGGGUGGUCAGGCUCGGUGAC